AUGGAGAUGGAGAUACAUCAAGAAAAUUCUGAAAUCAACGGUAUACCAGGGUCAGGAUCUUGUCUAUAUGAUCUCUUCUGCACCGAAACACCAAGUUUGAAUUCUCAAAGUCAAAGAGAGCGAUGGAUGAUAUCUGGUCCACAAGAAAGAUUAGACAAUCUGAUGCGUCAAGCCGGGAACAAGUACUGCGCCGAUUGUGGAUCGUCGGAUCCAAAAUGGGUGUCUUCAAGUCUUGGAGUAUUUAUUUGCAUCAAGUGCUCUGGUAUACAUAGAAGCCUAGGAGUUCAUAUAUCUAAGGUUCUGUCCCUGAAUCUUGAUGACUGGACAGAUGAACAAGUCGAUUCGUUGGUCAACUUGGGUGGAAAUACAGUAAUCAAUAAGAAGUACGAAGCUUGCUUGCCGACUUACGUAAAAAAACCAAAACCGAAUUCUUCUAUCGAUGAGCGGUCAGAUUUUAUUAGGAGAAAAUACGAGUUCCUACAAUUUUUGGAUUCCGAGGAGAAUUUGUCUUGUCCCUUUAUACCAUCCCAUGGAAGAACUUCUUCGUCCGGUCAGAGCAGUUCGUCAAACAACAUUCCUCUACCCGAAAAAAAACGUUAUGAUAAACAAACAACUAAAAACCGUAUCGGGCUAUCGUUUCGAAACAGCUGGGGAAGAAAAGAUUCUGAGGUCAAGACUGCAAAGAAGAGUACCUCGUUGGCAGGUAUGGUUGAAUUUGUCGGAUUGAUAAAAGUUAACGUGGUUAAAGGCACUAACCUAGCUAUCAGAGAUAUAGUCACUAGUGACCCGUACGUCAUCCUUUCCCUCGGUAAUCAAUCGGUGAAAACGCGUGUCAUAAAGAACAAUUUAAAUCCAGUUUGGAAUGAAAGCCUAAUGUUGUCGAUUCCCGAGAGCAUUCCUCCUCUUAGAGUGAUUGUAUAUGACAAAGAUGCAUUCAAAAAUGAUGAUUUUAUGGGUGAGGCUGAAAUAGACAUUCAACCACUAGUAUCAGCAGCAAAAGCAUAUGAGAAAUCAUCAAUCAAUGAGUCAAUGCAGCUUGGAAAAUGGGUAGCAAGUGGUGACAACACACUUGUGAAAGAUGGAAUAAUCUCACUUGAAGAAGGAAAAGUGAGACAAGAAAUAUCAUUGAGGCUACAAAAUGUUGAAAGAGGUGUGCUUGAAAUUGAACUUGAAUGUGUUCCUCUUACUCAAUAG